AUGUCGUCCGCCACGUCUUACUACGAGCUGUAUCGCGGGAGCAGCCUCGGCCUCGCUCUGACCGAUACUCUCGAUGACCUGAUCAACGAUGGCCGCAUCGAACCGCAGCUAGCGAUGAAGAUCCUAUCGACAUUUGACCGAGUAGUCACAGAGGUCCUGGCUGACCGCGUUCGGGCCAGGCUUACAUUCAAGGGUCACCUCGAUACGUACCGAUUUUGCGAUGAAGUCUGGACCUUUUUGAUCAAGGACGUGACCUUCAAGUUGGACAACCAGACCUCCGUCACCGCGGACAAGGUGAAGAUUGUCAGCUGCAACAGCAAACGACCGGGCGAGGCAUAG